AUGCACGGCCUCCCGCGCCCCGACGAGUCUGCAGGCCCGCACGCCAUUGCAACGUCUGCGUAUUCCAGCGCGAGUGCCCUGCGGUCCCCGACAGUGGCAGUAGUGGGCGCGGGAUUUCUCGGUCGAUGCAUUGCCAUCGACCUGUCGCUCCUCGGUGUGCAAGUGCUCGUGUGCGACUCGAAGGCGCAGUCGAGGGAUGGGCUGUCGUCGUUCGCGUACGAUCUGCUGCACCCGCUGCUGUAUCUCGGCUACGUGACCAAGAGCAUGGUGACCGAGGCGUGCAGUAACGUCACCGUGGUGUCGCAUGUGGCCGAGUGCGCCGAGGCGUCACUGGUUAUCGAAGCGAUCCCCGAGAAUUUGGAAGCUAAGGUGGAGCUGUUCAAGUCCCUCGAGCAGCACUGCUCGGCGUCCACGAUCUUGGCGUCCAGCACGAUCAACCUCUCGAUCGACGCUAUCCAGAUGCAGCUGCAGCAUCCGGAUCGGUUUCUAGGCGUGCGGUUUUUCUACCCGUGUGUGCUCGUGUCCCCCGUGGAGCUCACCACUGGCACGACGACUUCGCAGCAUACGAUCGACCGCGUCGUGACUUUUCUACAGCGUCUUGAGAAACACCCGCAUCGAGGCCCGACGAAGCGCGUCUUGACCACGAACGAGGUCAGCUCUUUCCAGUUUGAUACGGCUGUGCGCGGGAGCUUUUACCACGGACUGCUCGAGCCGAAGCGUCAGGUGGCCGUGGCUGACAUCAUCACGCCGCGCCCGGGCCCGCCGCUCUAUGGAUACCAUCGCACCGCGAACGACACAACAACGGCUCUCUAG